AUGUGAGCGGACCUGACUCUUGUUUACAGCAGUGAUUCUACGGACUAGACCGAGAACGAGGGCAAGUGAUAGGAUAGCUGCUUACUGGAGCUGUAGGAGAAAACGAAAAAAUACACAUCAUCAAGCAUACACGGCUCACAGGACAUAACGGAAGCUUGAGUUUGGUGAAAGUAUACCAUACUCCACUCCAACGGAAGCCCGAUAGUCUACUCUCGCGUGGCAUAACUAUUUUUUUUCAGCUGCAAAGGAGCCGACUGACUGCGUUAACCUUGAAGACAGAAAGCGCAGGGGGGAGAAAAAGGGGGUGCGAUUGGUGAAACCAUUUAUGUUCUGGCGGAUAUUUUGGAUUUGCGUCUUGUUGGGAGGGUUUAUUGAGCAGAGUUACGUUUUCAUUCAUUUCCCAUCUCAGCCUCCACCCUAGACUCUAUUGUUAAUGUCCAUCACUCAGACGGAAAUGAAUGACAGAAGAUCGGAAGACUCUUCGGUCUACAAGUGAAUCUCGUUCGAUUGCCAGUCAUAAAAGCUCGUGCACACCAUUACUGAUGUUUCAAGAGAUGGAGACUGAGGAUGCGGAUUACUGUCAUAUGUCGAGUAAAAUCAGCGGCACGGAUGUCUGUUUUGCCAGCCACCCUUGAAUCAUUCUGUCUUUGGCAAGAAUAACGAAUUGUUUUAAUUUAUUUCAUCUUAUAUAUAUAUAUAUAUAUUUUUAAUAAUAUCCCUAUACACAAAACCCUGAGACUUGCAACAAGAGUAGCCUAUCCUCUAAACACGAAUUUGUAUCGACCUGUCAAACAGUGCAUUUUACUUUUUGUGAUCUUGGUGGCAUCAUCUCCCUUUUCCACUUUUUUGGAAUUAAGUUAUUUGCUUUUUAGUGAGGUUAAUAAUUGAUCAGGAAUGAGAUCUGGGACAGAGAGGAAUAAUUCGACCUUGUUUUGGGGUCUGAUGCUGUCUGUCUCCGCUAUCUGCCUGUUGUCCGCAAAUGGAAAAAUCUGUGGUCUAAGUAUCGACAUCCGUAAUGACAUCAGUGAGUUCAAGAGUCUGGAGAACUGCACGGUGGUGGAGGGCUACCUGCAGAUCCUCCUCAUCGGAGAAAAGACCAACAACCUCAACCAGGAGCUCUUCCGCUCCCUCAGCUUCCCCAAGCUGACCGUCAUCACCGACUACCUGCUCCUGUUCCGCGUGUCCGGCCUGGACAGCCUCAGCACGCUCUUCCCCAACCUCAACGUCAUCCGCGGACGCAACCUCUUCUACAACUAUGCCCUGGUGAUCUUCGAGAUGACCAGUCUGAAGGACAUUGGCCUGUACAACCUGAGGAACAUCACACGAGGGGCCAUCCGGAUCGAGAAGAACCCUGAGCUCUGCUACCUAGACUCUGUGGACUGGUCUCUCAUCAUGGACGCAGAGUUCAACAACUUCAUCGCAGGGAACAAGCAGUCCAAGGAGUGUGGUGACGUGUGUCCAGGCAUCAUGGAGGACAACGCUCAGUGCAUCAAGACCAGCUUUAACGGCAACUUUAACUCUCGCUGCUGGACAUCCAACCACUGCCAGAAAGUGUGCCCAGAGAAGAAGUGUGAGCGGAGGGCAUGUACGGACAGUGGUGAAUGUUGCCAUGCCCAGUGCCUGGGGAGCUGUACGGAGCCGGACGACGACAUGGCCUGCGCAGCCUGCCUGCACUACUACCACGAGGGCCGCUGCGUGCAGCACUGCCCCCCAGACACUUACAAGUUUGAGGGCUGGCGCUGCAUCACCAUGGACCUGUGUGCCCGCGUGCACCUGCCCAGCGACUUUGACUUUGUCAUUCACGAAGGAGAGUGCAUGCCUGAGUGUCCAUCAGGCUUUACACGCAAUGAGAGCAAUAGUAUGUUCUGCAGUGCCUGUGAUGGCCUGUGUGAUAAGAUCUGUGACUCCAAGACCAUCGACUCAGUGGAUGCUGCUCAGUCUCUAAUGGGCUGUACAGUCAUCAAAGGCAACCUGCACAUCAACAUCCGCCGUGGCAAUAACAUCGCUUCAGAGCUGGAAAGCUUCAUGGGGCUGAUCCAGACAGUGACAGGCUAUGUGAGAAUCCGCCACUCCCACACGCUAGGCUCGCUUUCCUUCCUCAAGAGCCUGCGCUACAUCAACGGGGAGGAGCUCAUGGAAGGGAUGUAUGCUUUCUCUGCCAUCGACAACCAGCGCCUGCAGUACCUGUGGGACUGGACCCAACACAACCUGACCAUCAGGGCUGGGAGGCUGUCCUUCCGCUUCAACCCCAAACUCUGCAUGUCUGAGAUACACAAGAUGUGGGAGAAGACGGGAAUCACUGAGAAGUUUGAGGAGGACGAUUUCCGCAACAAUGGGGACAGAGCCAGCUGUGAGAGCCACAUCCUGAAGUUCAAGUCCAACAGCACGGUGAGUAACCGGAUCAAGCUGACCUGGGAGCGCUACAGACCACCAGACUACAGAGACCUCAUCAGCUUCAUUGUCUACUACAAGGAGGCACCGCACCAGAACAUCACAGAGUUUGAUGGCCAGGAUGGGUGUGGCUCCAACAGUUGGAACAUGGUUGACGUGGACCUGCCUCAGGACAAAGAGAUAGACCCUGGUGUGUUGCUGUCCCCACUGAAGCCCUGGACCCAGUACGCCAUCUUUGUCAAGGCCAUCACCCUGGUGGUGGAGGACAAACACAUCCCGGGAGCCAAGAGUGACGUGGUCUAUAUACGCACCAGACCCUCAGAGCCGUCUAUGCCAAUGGAUGCCCGUGCGUAUGCCAACUCAUCCUCAAAGCUGGUAGUGAAAUGGUCACCUCCCCUCAACCCUAACGGCAAUCUUACUUUUUACCUGGUCCGCUGGCAGCAGCAAGCUGAAGACAGGGAGUUGUACCAACACAACUACUGCUCCAAAGAGCUGAAGAUCCCCAUCAGGAUAUCAGCCACGGGGUUGGCAGACAUGGAGGAGGACACCAAGCCCACCAAGUCUGACCUGUCUGGGGGGGAUAAGGGCCCUUGCUGCCCCUGCCCCAAGACCAAGGAGGACCUGAAGGCAGAGAUAGACGACGCCUCCUACCGCAAAGUCUUUGAGAACUUCCUGCACAAUUCUAUCUUCACCCCCAGACCCCCAGACCGGCGACGUAGGGAUCUAUUUGGUGUCGCUAACAGCACCCUGGCACGGGGUGUCAACACCACAGGCCUGGAGGGUAAUAGGACAGAAGGAGAGCCCCCUGAGAGGGAGUUCCCCUUCAUGGAGGACCGGAGCAAGACAGAGUUUAUCGAGAUCCCCAACCUGCAGCCCUUCACUGUGUACCGCAUCGACAUCCACGCCUGUAACCAGGAGGUCCGUCGCUGCAGCGCUGGAGCCUUCGUCUUCUCCAGGACCAAACCUGCAGACAAAGCGGAUGACAUGCCAGGCAGCGUGAUCCAGGAGAGGGAUGAGAAGGUGGAGGGGUCGGUGCUGCUGAGGUGGCCAGAGCCUGUCAACCCCAAUGGUCUCAUCCUGAUGUAUGAGAUCAAGUUCCGCCAGGGCACCGAGCCUGAGAAACACGAGUGUGUGUCACGCCAGCACUACCGUGUUCACAAAGGAACUCGUCUGACCAACCUGGGCUAUGGGAACUACUCUGCCCGCGUGCGUGCCACCUCCCUGGCAGGAAAUGGGUCCUGGACUGAGCCAGUGUCCUUCUACGUGCCCCCACCCAAACGGGACUAUGACAACGCAUUCUAUCUGGUCAUCAUCAUCCCCAUCAUCGUGAUAAUUCUCAUCGCCAGCCUCAUCACUGUACUCUUCUUUAUCAACAAAAAGAGGAACAGUGACAGGCUGGGGAAUGGUGUCCUCUAUGCUUCUGUCAACCCUGAGUACUUCAGUGCUGCUGAGAUGUAUGUUCCAGAUGAGUGGGAGGUGGCCAGGGAGAAAAUCACCAUGCACAAGGAGUUGGGCCAGGGUUCCUUCGGCAUGGUGUAUGAGGGCCUGGCUAAGGGCGUGGUUAAGGACGAGCCUGAGACCCGCGUGGCCAUCAAGACAGUCAACGAGUCAGCCAGCAUGAGGGAGAGGAUCGAGUUCCUCAAUGAGGCCUCUGUCAUGAAGGAGUUCAACUGUCACCACGUGGUGCGUCUGCUGGGCGUGGUCUCUCAGGGCCAGCCCACCUUGGUGAUAAUGGAGCUGAUGACCCGUGGAGACCUGAAGAGCCACCUGCGAUCACUCCGGAAAGAGAACACGUCCAGCCAGGUUCUGCCCCCGCUGAAGAAGAUGAUCCAGAUGGCAGGAGAGAUUGCGGACGGCAUGGCAUACCUCAACGCCAACAAGUUUGUCCACAGAGACCUGGCUGCCAGGAACUGCAUGGUGGCGGAGGACUUCACCGUCAAGAUCGGAGACUUUGGCAUGACGCGAGACAUCUACGAGACGGAUUACUAUCGGAAAGGAGGAAAAGGCCUUCUGCCGGUCCGCUGGAUGUCUCCAGAGUCGCUGAAAGAUGGCGUGUUCACCACAAAUUCUGAUGUCUGGUCGUUUGGGGUGGUGUUAUGGGAGAUUGCCACCUUGUCUGAGCAGCCGUACCAGGGCAUGUCCAACGAGCAGGUGCUGCGUUUCGUCAUGGAGGGAGGACUCCUGGACAAGCCUGACAACUGCCCUGACAUGCUGUUUGAACUGAUGCGGAUGUGCUGGCAGUACAACCCCAAGAUGCGUCCCUCCUUCCUGGAGAUCAUCAACAGCCUCAAGGAGGAGCUGGAGCCUCCGUUCAGUGAGAUGAGUUUCUUCUUCAGCAAGGAGAACAAGCCCCCGGACACUGAGGAGCUGGACAUGGAGGUGGAGAACAUGGAGAAUGUGCCACUGGACCCUGCACCCAGCAGACCCCCCACUGCCGCCCCUCAGCCCUCCCAGGGACCUAUGGGGGCCACACGGGGCUCAGCGCCCCCUCCUCCCCAGCAGUUAUCUCCAAUACAAGGCCCUUCUAGUACCCUGAUGGGACCUGGCUCCCCCUCCACCUCAGUCCCUGCUGCCUCUGCCUCAGCCUCGCCAAGCCUGGCUUUGGACAAGCAUUCAGCACAGGUAUCGGCCAACGGGCCAGUGGUAGUGCUACGGCCCAACUUUGAGGACACGCAGAACUACGCUCACAUGAACGGGGGGCGCAAGAACGAGCGGGCGCUGCCACUGCCCCAGUCUUCAGCCUGCUGAUCCCUAGCCCCCCUCCUCUCCCCUCAGCCAGAUCACCCCUCUCCGCCUCCUCUUCUCAGACAGGGUAACAUAAACUUCUCCUCCGCUUUAGUUCUAAUGGGGGGAUGGAUGAGUGAAUAACUGACAGACAUUAUACUACUCUACUGCAGUAGGAGUCUUUUCUUUAAAGAAUUAAAUAUUAACAAGAUGUAUGAUUGAAUCCCGAGACUGAGAAACAGUACAGAAACCUGUUAAAGCAUUUGGAGCAUGGUGGCUCAAACAGAACUACAACACUGGGGAGCUCUGGUGUUUCCUUCUUGUAGAGUAUUUGUUACUUUUUUUUUAUCCUUAAAGAAAGACAAAAAUACAGACUUAUUAAUAUUCCCUGACUGACAGGUAUUGUAAGUGAGAGACAAUAACUUAUUUUAAGCAUAUCUGCCAGCAGAUCCGACAGAAGAGCACUUUUUGAUGAUCUCAGAGAGAAGGUUGUAUAUAUCUGAUUGUGUAUUUCUAUACAAACACAUGAUUCUCUUGACAGUAAGAUAGAGCUCCUCUUCCACACUUCUUUCCAUCAAUAUACUUCUCCUCCCAUAUUUCAGACAUUGAUUUAUUCUGGACUAGGCUCAUUGGUUUUCCUGUCAAUAUUCCGGGGUAGGAGGGAAUGUUUUCAGGAGUGGGUAGAUUGAGGAGGGGCUAUUGUAAAUCUGCCAUAUGUUUUGCCAAAUCAAACUUAGCAAUUUUCUCCCUCCUGCUCUUCAUUUCUCUCUUUGAUUGGACAUGGAGAGAAACACAAUCAAGCAUCCUAAAACUCCCACAUUGCUGGGUUUUUUUCUGUUUCUACUUCACAAUUACAAUCAAAUUGUAAAAGGAAUUUGCCUGUUUUCUUUUCUGGGGUUUUUCGGGUUCACAUCAGAGCCCUUAUUUGGAGUCCUAUUUUAUUGUAUGUGUCAUCUGAGAGAUGAAAACACCAACAUCACCAACAGAGACAUUGAACAAAAAGGACUUGGCGCCAAAAAUACAACACAUACAGAGACAAACCUGAAGUGGAAGGUAUUGGAUCAGUUCUGAUACAAGGAGAACUAAAGGACUUAACAGAACUCCAUGUUGUGAGCAUACAUAAGUCUGCUAAAGGCAUUGUACACAACAGGUAUUUUUUAGACUAGUCAUUAGUCUCUCUGUACAAUUCAAACAUUUAUAUAAAGGUCUUACAGUUGUAUGUUAGACCUUAGGAUCAUUGUCACACACACAUCAUUGGUUUGUCACUUUUAUAACUUUUAUACGGUUCAGAUGUUCUCUUCUAUGUCUGUACAGAAUAAAGCUGCUAUUUUUUUCUUUUUCUUUUUUGGAUGUUAUAUAUAUAAAGAAAUCCUUCAGGUUGACUAUUUUAUGAUCUCCACUACAGUCCAUUUCUUAUGCUUCAUACUUCUAGCAAAAAAAAAAUAUUUAAAAAAAAAA